CUCUCUCCCAUUCUCCGUUAACUCUCCUCCGUUAGUGCUCAAAUAUUCACUUUUCACCUCCUGGUUUCUCUCUCCUUUACUCCUCCCGCUCAAAAUUCCUCCCGCUCGCGACUUCCUCUUUCUUCCUCCCCGACUUCCUCUUCCUUCCUCCCCGACUUCGCAUCCUUUGGUCGUGAACCCGCCGCGCCUACACCGGUUGCCUCCGCCGUCCCCUUCUAGAAAACCCAUUUGCUCUCUCUCUCUUUCCUCCGCGAAGCGCGGCUCUUUUUGUGGACCGCGCCUCUGCCUCCGCCGGUUUCCUCCGUCGUCGCCUCCCGGAGCCCAUCGGUGGCUCAGAUCCUGACCACGCGGCCGCCUCCGCCUACGCCGUCGCCGUCUCCUCCGAAGCCCUCCAUUGGCGAUUCGUCCUCUGCCACUCUCUCUAUCCCGAGAAAUGGCUCCGCUCUGCUCUCUGUGACGAACCGCGCCUCUGCCGUCGCCUCCCGCAGCCCCUUUGGAGAUCUCGGGCUCCGACUCGCCCUCUGCGUUACCUCCCGAAGCCCCAUUCUCAGGUUAGGGUUUUGUAUGACUUGAAAUUCCCAUCGUUUUUGCCCUAACGUGAAGAUUGGUGGCUCAGAUCUCGACCACGCGGCCGCCUCCGCCUACGCCGUCGCCUCCGAAGCCCCCCAUUGGCGAUUCGUCCUCUGCCCCUCUCUCUUUGUCCCGAGAAACGGCUUUGUUCGGCUCUCUAUAACGAACCGCGCCACCAACAGGUUCCCUAUUAUUAUGUUUUUUUGGCGUUCGGGCAGAUUGUCGGAUUGGUCGUGCUUAAUUUGUCAAAUAGUCAGCUUGAGGUUCGUUUGGUGAAUGGGUGAUAAUGCUUGUGCUUGUUAUGACUGUGUGGUAAAUGAAAGAUGUGGCCUGUGCUCAUUCUUACGCUCUCUAUUGAUUUUGGUUGAAAGAACAUCAGGCAUUUUUCUUGAGUGCAAUCUGUGGAUAAUGCCACAGACAACCAUUUUUGUUCUUGUGCGGGAGAGAAUAGAUGCAAGCAUCAUAGGUUGUCUCUUCAUUGGAUUUCAUCUGCAAAAAUAUAAAAGGGAUCUUUUCAGUUGCAUUGCUUUGAGAUUAUUGAGCUCUAUUAGUUAAGUGCAUCAAUUAGUCUAUUUUCUGCAAACUGAUUAUGUUCACGUCCGACAUUUUUGUUAAUUGUAGUCAAUUCAAGUGUGGAUCUAAUUAUGUUUAAAUAACUGGCUUUUUUUAUAUUUUUUUAUCUUGAGUUCCCCCUUGCAGUUUGGUUUCGUGAUCAAUGAGCGGCCGAGGAUCAAUAAGAACAAGCACAAGGAUCUCCUGCAUGCAUUGAAAUAUUGCUUGAAGUCUGAUGAUGCGAUUCACUAUGCACAAUAUGAGGGAACUUCAUAGUCUCUCAUCACCUCAGUUAUUUUGCACUUGUAAAGAUAUCAAAUGGCUGACUUAGAGCAUGAAACUUCCCAUCUUGCACAUGUGAUGCGUGAUAUGGACAAAGAUUUUGAGUUUGUAGUAGGGAUGGUUUUCUCAAAUGAACUUGAAGCAUAUCAUAAGUAUGUGGCUUAUGCAAUCAGCAAAGGAUUUGGAGUGAGAAAAGGUAAUGCGGUUAAAAAUAGAAAGGGUGAAAUAACCCGGCGAACUUUUUUGUGUAAUUGUGAGGGGCAUUCGGUUGGGUCAUCUGAUCAAGAAAAGAAAUAUGAGAGAUUUGAAGUUAGAUGUGGGUGUCUUGCUCAUAUCAAAUUUAAGGUUGAUAAGGGUGUCUAUGAAGUCAUGGACUAUGUUUCUGAGCAUAAUCAUGCAUUUGUACGGGAAGAUCAAAAGCAUUUGAUUAGAUGUGGAAGAAUGAUAUCUGACACGUGCAAGGGUGUUUUGGUUGAUAUGAUUAAAGCAGGCAUUGGGGGGACUUCGGCAUAUAAAUUUUUAGCAAACGAAGCUGGAGGAAGCAAAAACUUAGGUUUCAUCCUGCGUGAUUGUCAAAAUUUUUUGCAAACGGAAAAAUCCAAGGUUAUAAGUGGCGGAGAUUGUCAAAGUCUUUUGAACCAUUUUCAUUGCAUGCAAAUGCAAAACCCAAUGUUUUUCUAUGCUGUUCAAGUAGAUCAAGAUGGUAGAUUGACCAAUUUAUUUUGGAGAGAUAGCUUGUCCAAAUUUGAUUAUGACUGUUUUGGUGAUGUGCUAGUGUUUGAUACCACAUACCGUACCAACAAAUAUAACAUGAUAUGUGCACCUUUUGUUGGGGUUAAUCACCAUUGGAAGAAUACUCUGUUUGGUUGUGCAUUUUUGCUGGACGAGACUGCAGAAUCAUUUAUUUGGUUAUUUGAUGUGUUUUUGAAGUCUAUGGGAAAUAAGGCUCCGAAAACCAUAUUCACUGAUCAAGACCAAGCCAUGGCAAAAGCCAUUAGAAUGGUGUUUCCAAAUACACAGCAUCGUUUAUGCACUUGGCACAUCGGGAAAAAUGCCAAUCAAAACAUUCCACAUCUUUACCAUAAGCCAGGUUUUAAGGAUAAAUAUUUCUUAGUGCUUAUGUAUAGAUGCAAAUCAGAGGACGAAUUUGAAGCUACAUGGAGGGAAAUGGAAGAGGUGUGGGGUACUAAAAAUAACAAUUGGCUUCGGAGAUUAUAUGACCUUAGACAUAAAUGGAGUUCAGCUUUUGGUCGUGACUCUUUUACAUGUGGUAUAAGGUCAAGUCAAAGGAGUGAGAGCACCAAUAAUGUCUUCCAACAUAUGUCGACGAAGACAUUGUCUCUUGUAGAAUUUGUCCACCAUUAUGAAGAACAAUUGAAACAUAUGAGAGAAGUUGAAAGUCAAGAUGAUUAUAGUUCUCGUGGGACAGCCAAAUCGCAGGUUAAAAAUAAUGGGAUCUUGUCACAUGCUGCUUCGGUAUAUACCCGUACCAUUUUUCUAAAGUUUAAUGAAGAAUUUGUGCAAAGUCUCUCUGAACAUAUUUCAAGUACUACAUCUGAUGGAUCGGUUUCUUUAUAUACUCUCAAGUGUAUGGGGAUUGGGAUUCAAGGUGAAUAUGUUGUUAGAUUUGACCCUGCAGACUUAUCAGUUUCUUGUGAAUGCAAAUUAUUUGAAUCAAAAGGGUGGUUGUGUCGCCAUGCCUUACGCGUGUUGAAUGUGAACAUGUCGAUGGUUACGGUAAUUCCUUCUUCCUAUAUUUUGAAAAGAUGGACUAAGGAUGCCAAAGAAGGGAUUGUCAAUGAUGAAUCCCAUCAAAUGUCACCGGGUCCAUCUAAAUUUAAUCGAUUUUCCACGUUAAUGCAUGAAUCCAUUGAACUGAUGAGUUUGGGAGCUGAAGAUGUACAUACUAUGAGAAUAUUGAGGAAGCACAUGGUUAAAGCAAAGGCUGAAAUUUCAUCAUACAAAUCAAGUAUGGUUGUGACUGAUGAUGCUGGUGAUGAUGAGUAUAAUGAGGCUUCUUUGUGCGAUAUUUCGGUAGCGGACCCCAUUCGAAGGAAACGAAAGGGACUAAGUUACGGAAGGCUUAAAAGCUCCAGUGAGAAAAAGAAGAAAACAUCUAAGAAAGGAACUCCCCCAACGCAAAUAGAAAGUCAAGAGUUGGUUGUCCAAGCGACGCAUAAUGAAACUCAGUUCCUAGAUUAUUCGAGUAAUUCAAAUCAGUUUCGAAGUGCCGUUUAUCCUAGCAACAUUGGUGGUCCUACUGUAAAUCUAAAUUUUCAUAAUCAGGUAUAUUGCUCUUUGUCCUCAAUUUGUAUUUAUGUUUUACUAAUUGGUCAUUUUUUUAUAUGGAUGCAGCAGCCACCAUUCAUCAUGCCGUCCGGGAUUAUGAGUGGAUUUUGCCCAGUCCCUAGUCGGAUGCAAUCACCAUACAUCAUGCCACCGAGGAGUGGAUUUUCCCCAUUCACUAGUCAGAUGUUGGAGUACCAUAAUCAAUCCCACGGAACCAUUUUGAGCCAGGGGUCAUCAAACUCUUGUCAGCAUCCUAGGAUGAAUGAAUCCGAAGCCCCCUUUGAAAGCAUAGACAAUGCACGGUCGCAACACAAAUAGUCGGGAGGAACCCUCGUAAUAAGUCUCUUCACCAAAUAAAAUAUUUUUUGCGUCCUUCUCUGAUAAGGUAACUAUUGUAGUAUGAGUUCACUGUGACUUGGGAUUUGCAUCUGUGCCUUUUAUAUGAAAAGAUUUUCCUUUGUAUUUCCUUGGUUGUUACUUGGAAGAAAUGUUUUUAUAUUUCCAAUUUUGUUAGUUGGGCUAUAAAUCCAGUAGGAACCAAGUUCGAUAUUCAUUUGACGUGAUGUAGUGAUUAACUAGGGCAUAGUUUCAAUAGACAUUAGAAAAGGAUUGUUAGAGUAGUAAAGAUUUAGUUCUAUGUAAGUUAUGAUCUUAUCAAACUUGCUUAGAGCUUCACCCAUAUGCAGAGAUUCAUUCUUCUUCAGAGUAUUCACUAUGUUCUCUCAUUUUCUGCAGUUAUGGGUAUUCCAAAGAAAGAUUUGUUUGGGCUCUGAUAUCUGUUGUUGGCAUUUUUUUGUCUUGGGUCUGGUGCUACAAUUGUUAAUGGAAUUCGAAGCUUGUGGAUUGCACACGUAAUCUUCUUUUUUUGUCUUAUCCUUUACCGUUCUUCUAAAGUUUUAGCCAGUUCAUAAAAUGGGCAAAGUUGUUCUUGAUAUAUAAGGUCAUUGUCUUCUUUAGCAUUCGGAAAAUAUCCAAUAUGCAGCUUCAGUGAUCGGAGGCUCAUUCAUGAUCGAAGGUAUUUCGACUUACCAUUUGUUUUGGGCUGCUACUUAUAAUGAAAUCAUUGGUAUUUUGACUUACCAUUUAGUAAUCGGAGGCUCAUUCACCUAUAAUAUUUGUUCAGUGAUGUGCAGAUCAAGAGUGAUUUGAACCUGUCAACUGGUGUGAAGUGUUAGUGUGAAGUUUCAAGAAUGAUCUGAAGGAACAAGUUUGUAUGGCGUCGUCUCACAAUUUAGUAUUUGGGUCCAGAAUGCAUGAACCCAUGCAUUUAUUGAAGAUGAUUGGUUUUGAUUCAAGCUAGCAAAAUUACAAGCUCUACUAUACUUGACUGAAAAUGUAUUUA